UCCUCGCUUCCGCCAACCGCUACCAUGUUGCGACUCUCGCUGCUUCUGGCCACGACGCUCACGUUGGUGCUUUGCCGGAGUCUUCCCAGUAGCCGGGAUGAGGACCUGGUCUGCCCUGACGGAUGGACGCUGCUGGAGUCCUCGUGCUUCCUGGUGACAGAAUCGUCCGGCAACUGGUUCGAAGGGCAAGACUUCUGCAACAGCCUGGAGGCCUCGCUAGCCGUUGUGUCGAGUGCUUCCCAACAAAAGGCACUCUCGGGUAUGCUGAAUGGAGACACUUGGAUCGGCCUCAACGACCUCAAGGACGACCAUAGUUAUGCAUGGGCUGAUGGAACUCCCUUCAAGUUCUCCAGCUGGGCAGAUGACGAGCCCAGCAAUUCGGGAACAUUCUGGAUCUUCGGCGAGAGCGAAGACUGCGUCGAGAUGCGACAGGAAUUCUUCUAUCUCUGGAAUGACGCUCACUGUGAUGACGUCAAGCGAUUCGCGUGCAGUCGCCCAGCUGAUCCAGCGCCCACCACCACUACCACAACAACUACCACCACCACAACUACCACCACUCCAGCACCCGCCUGCGACGAAGGCUGGGAGAUUAACGAGCUGUCUUGCUACCUGGUGGUUGAAGAUGUGGCCUCCUGGACGGACGCCAAAGGCAACUGCACGGACCUCGGAGGCGUGCUGGCCUCCAUCACCAGCGAGGACGAGCAGGCGUUCGUGAGCGGUCUGCUGAACAGCAGCGCCUGGAUCGGUCUCAGUGAUCAGGAAACGGAAGGAGAGUUUACCUGGGAGGAUGGCAGUCCUUUUAACUACGACAGCUGGGAGGAAGGGGAACCCAACAACUCGUACAUGUACCUGACCCUUGGCGUGGGCGAGGACUGCGUCGAGAUGAAGAAGGAGUACGACUUCCGCUGGAACGACGAGCUCUGCCCAGCUGAAAGGGCGUUCGUGUGCGAGCGGCCAGCAGAGUAACGUCGGUGUUUCCUACCAAGUUACGUUAAGGAAGCGCAUCCGUCUUCACGAUCAAGAUGCUUAUGCAGAGUUCCUUGAUUCAGUUUCACCUAUUUCACUGUACUUCCUUUGGAAUAAAUUAAAUCGAGCAUCA